AUGCCGGAAGACGUUGAGGCAAAUGGGACAGAGGUCUCAGAUGCCUUGUCCGAGAACGAGAACGAGUACGACGACAUGGAACAACCUAUCAAAGACGAAGACGCCAAGAUGACUGACCAAAACACGUCGCCCGAGGCUGGCGCCGCCGACCAUUCAGGAGAGGUUAAGAAGAAGUACGAUCCCAAAGAUCCCCACCGCCCUAGGAGGAAGAAGGCAAGACGUGCGUGCUAUGCUUGCCAAAGGGCGCAUCUUACAUGCGGAGAUGAGCGCCCGUGCCAAAGGUGCAUCAAACGUGGUCUUGCGGAUGCUUGCCAAGACGGAGUCCGGAAGAAAGCCAAGUAUCUUCACGAUGCUCCUCCGGAGGCUUUGAGACCGGUACUGGGACCAACUUAUAACCCAGCGGUCCACACGAAACCAACGAAUGGGAGACAUCUUUCUAAUGGGAAUUCCGAAACAUCCCCAUAUUAUUCGGAAGCUUCCAAUUCCUCUACCUACUCUAUAUUCAAUGGCAAUGCUCAAGGUCAGCUAUCGUCGCUGUCCGACAACAUGUCAUUCGCCAGCCAACAGUCUCCGGUGACUUCUGGAUUUCAGCCACCGAACACGUCAAGAGCGGCGCAGAUGGGCUCCAUGCACGUUCCUCAAGUCUCUGGCGAGAUGACCCAUAAUUUUUCGACUGCACUGUUUGAUCCAAGUAACCCCGCGUUAUUUAACUUCGACCUCGAAGGCCUGAAUUUUGGGAAUCAUUAUGGUGCCCUUGAAUUCGGGAUGCUCGGCCAUAUGUCUUCUGGUGCUGCAGAGACACCCCCCAGAGACGCCAUAGCUCAUCCUCCUGGGACGGACGUCAACUACGGAUCUACACCAGUAUAUCGAAACGGAGUCAAUCAGUACAGUCAUAUGUAUGAGAAUGGCAUGAACGACGGCUUCAUGAGCGUUGAUCCAAAUAACGGCGGCACAUAUCCGGGUAACUUGCAGCAUGGCUUACCCCAUGCGUACGCCGUGGCGGCUGCCGGACCAACGCCAAAUAGUCUAGCCAGCCCGAGCACAGACAAUACGUCAAGCCCGCAACCCACGGGCUAUGGAUUCGAUAAGUCGCCAACUGCGAGUACUUACACAGCUGCCAGCUCUCAACCAAUAACUCAAGCUCAACCUACGCGACCAAAACCGAAAUCGUCUAAUUCGACGGGACGGUUCGGACCUCAGUCUGUUUUGGGCAAAAGACAACGUGACCCAUCUGCGAUCUAUGAUACUGUCACCGAGCCCUAUCCAUAUCUCACCGGUUUUCAUAACUUGAUCGCAUUUGUCCAGCGAAGGUUCUCCGCUAAUAAAACUCUACGUAUCGCCAAGUCUCUUGCCAGUAUUCGGCCUUCAUUCAUCGCAUGCACACGGAAUCUCAACCGGCAGGAUCUCAUUUUUAUGGAAAAAUGUUUACAGCGAACAUUAUUCGAAUACGAAGACUUUAUGGGUCACUGCUCUGCACCAACUAUUGUUUGCCGAAGAACAGGUGAAGUGGCCGCUGUAAACAAAGAAUUCAUAGCUCUGACUGGAUGGACCAAAAAUGUGUUGCUUGGAAAAGAACCCAACAUGAACGUUAAUAAUGGUCGGUCGGCAUCUGAGCUGAGUAGCCUCGGUAGCACAGGCAAGCCAGAAUACACUACACCGCGGCUCAGAACUACUCAGCCAGACUUGGGCAAAGCCUCGGAAGGCAAGAUACAACCAGCCUUCAUUGCGGAGUUUAUGGAUGACGAUAGUGUGGUGCAAUUCUACGAAGACUUCGCCCAAUUGGCCUUCGGGGACAGCCGCGGCCACGUGACAAGAAAAUGCCGACUCCUCAAAUACCGAACCAAGGAAAUGAGCGAGUCUCUAAACAAUGACGACUCCUCUCACAAAGACAGGCGGAACAGCAGCAUCCUGAGCAACAGGGUCACACGGAUCGACGGAGAACAUGGAAUCUCCAAACUUGAAAAGGACGGCAAGAUUGACUGCACGUUUUGCUGGACUAUCAAGCGGGACGUUUUUGAUAUACCAAUGUUAAUUGUGAUGAACAUGGCUAAUUUGAUCGCAGUUCCUACCAUGUUACUAUCGCAAUCAGGACCAACUAGCUGUAUGAAGACUGGUUAGUUGAAUCACACGUAUAGAAGCAUGCAUGCUCUUGGAUUACCCCCUCUUUUUUUUAACUUCACGGAACUACUAUAUAUAGGUAGCAUGGGCGGCGUUUUGGAUGGAGCUCGUAUUAAGAGCUCUUCUCCCUUUGAAGGGAGCUGGUCAUAGUGCAUGUUAUCAGGGCUCACCAUAGGGUAGACACGGCAUAGAACAUGGAUUUUAAAAUCGGUUCUACAAUCGAACACCAUGAAUUUCAUUGACCUAUUCUACGGUACUAUUAAAAAAACAGUACACCUUGUUCUAUGCACUGAACGCCUAUACGGUGAACUGCUAGACCAAUAUAUAUGGUCUUGUAUAGGAGAAUCGCAUCCAACAUGUCUCACGUGCCUUGCAUCAAGGAUAUCCGAGAAUUCCCAUUGCAAAUGCCUCGGGACGGGUUGAUUCGGGUAACCCGCUGCCCCUCCUACCCCUUCGCGUCAC